UUAUCGCUACUGUGAGGACGCCUCUUUAAAUUGUCCUAAACUCCUUGAGGCUGGCGCAUUUUCUUUAUCUUGAAGAGAGACAGACAGCUAUUUUUAGCACGCUUUGGAUCGGCAGCUUAAAUUUUAAAUCAGGUAAAUAAAACAUUCUACAAUAUGUUGUACUUCUAGUCUAGGGGCUCUAUUCUAUAGUCUGCUUCUCUAGUUGCUGUGCUGCACAGACUGGAAUUUAAGGGGCGGGCGUUGUGUAGUCUGGUCGAAUAUAUAAAAAGAGCUUUAGUUAAAGGAUUCAACCGGUAAAACAAACUGGUUUGUGCGGGAAUUCGUUCGAGGGCCAUAAUCUUCAAGGGAUCAAGGAUUACAAAUCAACAUGAGUGACAAGGGUACCAUCUCACCAAAAGAGGAGGGAGCAGAGAAGAGGGGUCGUGGAAGGCCAAGGAAACAGCCACAGGUGAAAAGUGGUUCUGAUGAGCCCAGUGGGUCCCCUACUCCAAAGAGGCCCAGGGGAAGGCCAAAGGGUAGCAAGAACAAGACUGUCACCAAGGGCAAGAAGGCACCAGCAGCCUCAACUGCAGGGAUGAAACGCAGGGGAAGACCCAAGAAAGAGGAAAAGGAGGAACAGGCAACCCAGGAAUCAUCUGAAGAGGAGGAGGAGAAAGACCAGUAAACUUGCAACCCAUGCUACCUCACUCAACAUACUGACUUCCUGUCAACCAGAGCUAGGCUGAAUCUCCAAUACCGGUGCCACCCCAACCUCUUUUCUACGGUUCACUUUUUUGCCUUCUCGCUAAAGGAGGGUCAACAACACACUUCAUCCAACCUCUAUUUGCAACUGCACUGGAAAACCAAUGGAUGUUUCUUAACAAGCAUAUCUAUCAAAGAAUCACAGUACAGGUGACGGACAACCGUUUCUCUAUGUGUAUGUCGUGGUAUGGCAAGUCUUUUAUACUGGACAAAAAUAUGUUCUGAUGAGGUUUUGGACAUGCUUCUUUCAAAAGACAGUGUAUAGGACAUUCUCUCAGCUUAGUGUUACUCAUUUUUUCCCCCUAACACCGGUAUCUUGAGCUGGUGGGUCAUAUAAACUUGUUUUCUAUUGGACAAAAGGUGAAUUUUGCCUAUACUUGCUGUUUUUAAGUGUGAAGUGCUUAAUCUAUCCCUUACAUCUAUUUACAAGCAGAGAAGCUGAUAUGGAGAAAAUACAGUAUGAGCAUUAAAUAUAUUAUAGACAUUUAUAAUCUCUGUAUUAGACCUCUCCCUGUUACUACUUUGAUUGUGCAGAAUUGUUCCUCCCCCUCCCAUCCAAAAUAAGCUGUCCCUAACUAGCCUCUGAUGUGGCUUGUGCUCAUCUCCCUAUAGCCUCUUCGGGGCUACACUGGAAAAGGCUUGUUUUAACUAAAGUGUACUGUUACUAAUCAAAGAUUUGAUCAGACUGAUUGUGUUUUAUCAUGUUCCUCUGGGUCAUAACAUGCCCUCAAAUACCUGAGUAAUUGUGCUGCUUUGAUGUCUACGAAAACUCAUCAUAAUAAUGUCGUAAUGGCUUAAGGAUGGGUAGGGAUUCAUUGAUUGGGGAGCUACAUUCUCUCAACACUCCAGGAAACCUUUUUUGAACUCUGUGGCAUCUGCUGUUCCUCUUAAUGUGGUCCUCCCAGUCUACAGUAUUUGUUGCAACUCAUGGCCACUUGGUCAGCUAUAGGUGAACUGUGUAACAAACUAGGAGCUGGAUUGUUACUGUUGUGGCACUGUUUUAUCCAAUGGGUCUGUAUAAUAGCUGAUCAUUCCAUUUUCCCUCUCACUGCUUUACAAGGCCUGUUGUGUGUCGUCAUCACUUUGUACAGGAUGUUGAAAUAUUCAGCUUUUUCUGUGAGGAUAGUCAGUGUCUGCUGUCUACUCCAGAAAAACAAUGUUUUGUUUGUGUUUCUCAGUGUCAGGGAUCUCAAGAUCACAGUCCAGUUUCUUGGUCUCUCCUCAAACCUAUAAGCUGCUACAAUCUCAGUUAUAAAAACCCGGAAAACUGCAACGGGCCUGACAAGGCCCAGAAUGUCAUACCUCACUUGACGACAGCUUACUUUAAACUUUCCCAUAAUGCAUUCUUCAACUGGUUUCAAAUGUACACUGUAAACUCUGGCAAGUGUGUGAGAAAUGUUUGUAUUACGUGGUCUUUUUUAAUCUGACUGUUAUUUGGUCUUUUAAAGACUGCCUAGCCUAGCUACUAGUGAAGGUGUGCCCCCCCUCUGCUCCUUUGUUUUUAAAGCGGGCGUACAGAGACGGGUCACAAAAAUGUGUAAAGUCAUGAAGAUCUGUCAGCUUUGCAAAUUUGUGUUCGCUGACUGUGGUAGAUUAGACAGUGUAUCUUUUUAAUAAAUCCUACUUCUGGUGCACUGAAAUGUUUGCUUGAUUCAGAUUGUCAUGUGUGUUUAGUGACAAAGACUGGGUGUUCUCUCCAGGUUAUUCUGUUGUAGGCCUCGGUGCGGCUUUGGCACCAGGCGCUUUUCCAUGUAUGCAUUCCUCAAUGGCACCCUAUUCCCUUUAUAGUGCACUACUUUUGACCAGAGCCCUGGUCAAAAGUAGAGCACUCUAUAGUUAGAGUGCCAUUUGGGAUGCAUAAUGCUCAUGUGGAACUCCGGUAAUUACAUAUAUCCAUUCACAGCUGCAACUAUUCUGACUAUGUACCAACAUCAUCCAUGUUAUGUAAUUCAUUCAAGUUAAUGAGAUGGGAUCAUUCUUUUUAAUAUACAAUGUCUAUAUUUCUAUUGCGCACUAUGACAAUUUGUAUCCAGAAAGGGUCAAUAAAUACAAGAAUUUAUACUUUU